AGAAAAAGGGAGUGGGUUAAGAAGAGAAGUGCACAAAAUAGAGAAGAAGCAGAAUCAGCAAAGAAAAAGGAAGGAAGAGAAGAGGAAGCUCUGAGUGCUGAGGUCCUCGUUUGGUUGUGUUGUGAAAUGUUCUCUGUGGACAUGGAAGACACGCAGGUGUCCCGGACCUUGGAGCUGAAUGACGGCUCACACAUGCCUGUUCUGGGUCUGGGGACGUGGAAGUCCUCCCACCUUCCUCCCACCUCAGUCCAGGGCGCGGUGGAGGCGGCCAUCGCUGCAGGCUACCGCCACAUCGACACGGCCUUUAUGUACAACAACGAGGUGGAUAUCGGCAAAGCUCUGCGCUCCAAGAUGCAGCAGGGCAUCAUCAGGAGACAGGACAUGUUCAUCGUCAGCAAGCUAUGGCUUACCCACCAUGCUGCAGAGGACAUCCCUGCGUGUCUGAACAAAUCGCUGAACGAUCUCCAGCUCGACUACCUGGAUCUUUACCUUGUGCAUUUCCCUGUCGGCCUGAAGAAAGAGGGUGAUGAGCUUUAUCCAAAAAAGGACGGAGAGAUUCUGACGUCUGACAUCGACUACGUGGACGUGUGGAGGGGGAUGGAAGCUCUACAGGCCUCAGGGAAGGUGAAGAGCAUCGGAGUCUCCAACUUCAACAUCCUACAGCUGGAGAGACUUCUUGCUCUGUGUAAGGUGCCGCCUGCUGUCAACCAGGUGGAGCUGCAUCCUUACCUGGUGCAGACAGAGAUGAUGGAGUUCUGUAAAUCCAGGAACAUCUCUCUGGUCGCCUUCAGCCCCUUUGGUUCACCUGCACGACCUCCAGACAUGUUUCGAGGGGACACUGAUCCUCAUAAACUCCUGGACGACCCAGUCGUUGCAGAAAUUGCCAGAAAGCACAGACGCAGCUCGUCACAGGUGUUGCUGAGGUACCACGUACAGCAGGGUGUUGCUGUUAUUCCUAAAAGUGACAAACCUCAUCGCAUCCUUGAAAACACAAAGAUCUUUGACUUCAGUCUGUCUGAGGACGACAUGAGAGCUCUGAGAGGUCUGGACCGAGGGUGGAGGGCCUUCGUGUUUGAGGAAGUCAAGUCUCAUCCGUACUAUCCCUUCGUGUGAGGCUGAGACAACAAACUGGAUCUAAACUGUCGACCUUCCAGGGAUGUGACUUAUGCUCAUCUUUUACUUUUGUCUUCUAGUUUAAUUUGAUUUAUUUUGAUAACGCUGCAUUUUUUGCUUAGUCCUUACUCUUACUGCUGCUUUUCUCAUCGCUUGCUCAGGAGCUCUGUGACUUUUUGAAUUUCCCUCCGGGGGUUAAUAUAUUUCUGAAUCUGAAUCCAUCAGUGACUCGUUUACCUGUUAACUGAUGAAAUGUGACGACAACUGUGAAGAAAAUUCAGUUUACAAAUGUGAAUGUGAAGAAAAU